AUAUCCUCCACUGUGUGUGGGGGGGAUGGCAGCCUGCCAGAUGACGGUUUCAGUGCAUCAGUUAGAGUCAAAUCUUCCUCUUUCCUAUAGCAUGUAGUUGUCAGAAAACACCGAGACACGAUGCAGAUCCUCACCCCGCAUGUUUACUGGGCUCAGCGGCAUGGAGAGAUCUAUCUCCGGGUGGAAUUGAGCGAUGCAAAGGAUCUCGACAUCAGCCUGCAAGAAAACAACACACUUCAGUUCAGAGCACAGGGCCAUGGAGCUAAAGGAGAUAAUGAAUACGUGUUCAGUCUGGAGUUCCUGGAACCUGUCAGACCUGAGAUCAAACAUAAGUCCACCCAGCGUCAGGUGGACAUCAAGAUCAGGAAGCAGGAGGAGCGCUGGUGGGACCGGCUGACACUGCAGGAGAAGAAGCCUCUGUUUUUGGCGCCUGACUUUGACCGCUGGCUGGACGAGUCCGAUGCCGAGAUGGAGCUUCAGGCUAAGGAGGAGGAGAAGAUCAACAAGAUAAGUGUGGAGUCGAGAGUUCGUAAAGACCCUUACCUCGGGCUGAAGAAAGGCUACUUGUUUAUGUACAACCUGGUGCAGUUUUUGGGAUUCUCCUGGAUCUUUGUCAACAUGACGGUUCGACUCUUCAUCCUUGGUCAAGAUUCGUUCUAUGAUACCUUCCACACCACGGCUGACAUGAUGUAUUUCUGUCAGAUGAUGGCCGUGCUCGAGGUCAUUAAUCCCCUGUUGGGUCUGGUGAAGACUGGAUUCUUUCCUGCUAUGAUACAGGUGGCAGGGAGGAAUGUCAUUCUUUUCGUCAUCUUCGGCAGUAUGGAAGACAUGCAGAACAAAGCUGUUGUCUUCUUCGUCUUCUACACAUGGAGCACCAUCGAGAUCUUCAGGUACCCUUUCUACAUGCUGGCCUGCAUAAACACAGAGUGGAAGAUGUUAACGUGGCUGAGAUACAGCAUCUGGAUCCCUCUGUACCCUCUCGGGACUGUGGCUGAAGCGGUGGCCGUCAUCCAGUCCCUGCCCAUCUUUGAUGAGACGCGUCUGUUCAGCCUCCCCCUCCCUGCGAUGCUGGGACACUCUUUGAGCUUCUCCUACACUCUGCAGCUCUACCUGGUCCUCAUGUUUCUGGGACUCUUCAUCAAUUUCCGCCACCUGUACAAGCAGAGGAGGAGACGAUACCGCUCGAGGAAAAGGAAAGUCCACUAACUCAACAGCACUUUUAUUUUCCACACACUCUGAACUGCUGUCCACUUAAAGAUAAAGCAGCUGUUCUCUUUUCCUCUGAUUGCCUUUCCUCAUCUUCCCACACACACACUGACCUGAUGUUGGAGUACUAGUCCCCUUAUUCCUCCACUGGGUGAACUGUUCACAUUCUCCAGACCAAAUCCUCCAAAUCUUACUGUACCAGCGUGAAAACCCACUGUUAAGUGGAUGUCGCCUGAAAACACUGCACAGGUUGAUCCAGUGCUUUACUAAUACCAUGUUUAUUCUCUUUAAAAUGUCCAUAUUUAUCCGUGUAUGCAGUCGCCAUCUAAAGUUUUCUUAUUUUAUAUAAGUUCUGUUGAAAUAACCAAAAUAUUGUGUUCACUUUUCUUCUUGGGUACAAGAGAGGUGUUUACUCUGUGAACAUACAGUGUCAUUUGUUUUAGAUUUAGAGAUGGUGUGGUUAUCUUUUACAUCAUUUAUAAAAUUAUGGUCCUUAUAGGUCAAAAAAUAUUGUUAAAAUGGCUCUUCAAAUCAUGUUUUAAUGCUUUAUGGUCUUUUAAACCAUUACCUACGAAUCAUAGAUCCCUCACAGUCAACAUUUAUUAACCUUUAUAUUUUUGUCGUACUGUUGUUGUGUGUUAAUGCAGUUGAAAGCCAGCACAGUUUUGACACUCUCUUUGUGGUGGUUUGUUCAAGGAUGGUUCAGUAUCUGGGAAUUUAGAAUUUUAGAUGAAAGAGACAAGCAAAUUCAUCUGAUCAUCUUCCCGAUGUCCAUGUUUACUUGUUUUCUUCUGGGUUUAAUAUCUAAAAUAAAACCGCAGCAGUUAAAUGGUCUGAACAUACAUUAACACUCAGUGAGUGUCUGAAAGUUGUUCUGCUUUCAACUGCAUGAAGACACAGCAAAAUAAAGCAAAUUUUAAAUCUCUGCAAGUUAAUUUGAACUUUCUGAUUCUUGGAAAAUCUGUCUGCAGUGAUGUGAAGCUGAUGAGCUAAAACACCAUUUUUAUGGGUCCUGAAUCAAUACGUACAUUAUUCCAUAUGCCUUUGUAUGAAAACACCAUGGCUCUUAACUGUAAGCUGUCAGUUUUGAAUUUAGAUUUUCAUCAUCAUUGCCAGAGGUGCAUUCCUAACACUGAGCCUUGGAUGGAACUGUCAGUCAUUCACUGCUUUGAAUAUUAACAAAUCCAUGCAAAUUACAUUUUUAUAACUGCUUCUUUCUUCUGUCCUUUCUGGCCUUAACAUAAGUUUUAUUGGUAACCUGCAACACACCUACGCUUAUACCUCAUGGUCUACAAAUGUUUGGGUUUUUUUGUUGUCAUGUGAAAUAGUGACUGUUUUUGUCAAAAGCUGCAGAGGGACACAGCUCAAAAUGAUGAGAUAUUAACUUUAAAUUAAAGCAUAAUGAAGUUAAACGAAAUCCUGUAAUGUCAAACACAUGAAAAUAGUUGCGACAUGAUUCAAAUGGAUGUAAUUCUUUCACUGUCUGUGAAGUUUGACUUGUGAAAAAUGGCAGCAGUUUGAGAGGGGAGGUGGUAUUGACAUAAUUACAGAAGUACUGAUCAUUGCCAUUUCAGUAUAUUUUGUUAGUGUGUAACUGCAGGCUGAAGAAUACAAACAGUAGAACAGGGAAAAGUGAGAUGAAAGUGAUUAUAGGUAAAAAUCAUCAAAACAUUUCUUUAUCAUUAUGUUUUGCUCACAAUCAUGGAUACUGGAAUCAGCGUCAAAAAUCCAGUAUCAGUUUUGCAUAAAUUUCUCUUAAAAAUAUUGUCCCUACUGCAGCUUUAAACAGGAACGUGUUGCUCAUAUUUUCUUGGACAGUUCAUGUCUGUAAAGAGAAGGAGCUUCAAAAAUCUUUCCUAGAUUUUAUGAGUGGAUUUGAUCCAUACUCCUGACGAUGAACGACAGACUGACUUAACAUUAUCCAGAGAAAUACUGUGGCUAAAUGGUCAGAUUUAACUUAAAAAUGUCAGCAGUCUAUCAGCAAUUAUUGUGUUGCUUCUCUGAACUUAAGUUUUACUGUGAGUCCUCUUCAGUGUUUCACUGGGAGCCCAGAUGGCCUGACAGGACUGUGGGGUCAUUACUGUAAACUUGUACUCAUGUACUCUCAAAUAUUCAAGUUUCAUCAGUGUUGUAUUGAUGGAAGAAAUACUUCAGGAAUUUUUAAAUGUCUUGAUGAGCUGUCCACUUCCUGUUCUCAUCCUUUUCCACUGACUGUACAAGUUCUUUGUUAUCUUUUAUCCUUUUCAAUCUGUUUACCUUUGAGCCUUUUUUGAUUUAUAUUUAUUUGUGUUUGCUGAAGUUGUUGUUUUUAUUUUGUUUGUUUAAGAUUGAUUUUGAUUUCUAAGGGUGUCUUUUGGGAGAGAUGUGUAGUGGACAUUUAGUUUGUUUUUGACGUUUUAUAAUUCAAAAGUUCUUAGGCUUGCAAAUUCAGACUUGAGUGUAAGUCACAGUUAUGUUUUUCUGACCAAAAUAAACAUCAGAGUUCAUA